AUGGUAUUCCAGUGGGUGUCAAACAUUACUUCCAACCUUGUUGAGCUUGACCUUAGUGGUAACCUCUUGGAGGGUUCCACAUCAACUCAUUUUUUCAUGGUCAUGAAUUCACUUAGGCACCUUGACCUCUCCUCUAAUUAUUUCAACGCCAGGGAUUUGAUAUACUUCAUGAAUAUAUGCACCUUACAGUCUUUGAACCUAUAUUCAAACAAUUUCAUAGAAGGUCUUCCAUCCAUUCUCAGUAAUUUGUCCGGUGGUUGCGUUAGACACUCAUUGAAGGAAUUGGAUCUAUCAUGGAAUCACAUCACCGGUACUUUGUCUGACAUUUCAGUAUUAUCCUCUUUGAAAAAAUUGUUUCUCGAUGGAAAUCGAUUAAGUGGAACGAUACCUGAAGAUGUGAAGUUACCAUCUACUUUGGAGCGUUUCUCAAUUAUCGCAAACUUCUUCCAAGGUGGAAUUCCAAACUUUAUUCUAUUUAGACCUUUCAUACAAUCAGUUAUUCGGACAUAUUACAGAUUGUUGGAGACAAUUGAAUUCACUAUAGUUUAUUUGGAUUUAAGUCACAACAACUUUUCAGGAAAAAUUCCUACUUCAAUGGAAUUGCUUCUUGAUCUUCAAGCAUUGUUAUUGAGAAACAACAAUUUAGUAGAAGGAAUCCCUUUCUCUUUGAGGAAUUGCACAAUGCUAGUAAUGCUUGAUAUGUCAGAGAACAAAUUAUCAGGAUCUCUCCCUGAUUGGAUUGGGACAAACGAAGAAUUGGAAAUUUUAAGUUUGGGAAAAAAACAAUUAUGUGGGAGUUUACCUUUAGAGGUUUGUUGUCUAAAAAACAUUCGAGUCUUGGAUCUCUCAAUGAAUAACUUAUCUGGAAAAAUUCCUAAAUGCAUACAAAACCUUACUUCAAUGGCCAAUAUAGAACAAAUUCAUUUUGGAGAUCGUAGCAAUGUGAUCAAUGAUGCCUUUUACAAAAUUGGCAGACCAUAUUAUUUGAAUGCAUUGUUGACAUGGAAAGGUUCAAAACAAAUUACAGAUGAAGGUUUGUCACUUUUAAAAAAUCUUGAUCUCUCAAGCAAUCAUUUCUCAGAGGAAAUUCCAGUAAAAAUAGAGAAAUUAUCUGGAUUGAUUUCAUUGAACUUAUCGAGAAACAAUUUGACUGGAAAAAUUCCUCCAAAUAUUGGAAAGUUAACAUUACUUGAUUCUCUUGAUUUAUCAAGAAAUCGACUUGUUGGUUCAAUUCCUCCAAGUCUUGCUCAAAUUUAUGGACUGGGUGUCCUAGAUGUUUCCCAUAAUCGUCUAAGUGGAGAAAUCCCAACAUGCACACAAUUACAGAGUUUUAGUACAUCUAGUUAUGAAGAUAAUUUCGGUCUUUGUGGACCACCACUUAAGAAAUUGUGUAUUGAGGGUGGAUUUACACAAGAACCAAAUAUUAAAGUUUAUCAAGAUAAAUAUUCAUUAUUCAAUAAUGGUUUUUUCAUAAGUAUGACAUUUGGAUUUGUUGUAAGCUUCACAGCAGUAUUUGGCUCAAUCUUAUUCAGAUGUUCUUCGUAA